GUCUCCAUUAAUGGGUCGAGUUUGUUCCGGCGGAAUUAGGUUCAGAGAAAUUCGAACCACCACCCACAAACCGGCGACGGAGACCAAAUUGGUUCGAAUUUCGUUCACCGACGGCGACGCCACCGAUUCCUCGAGUGGGGAAGACGAAGAGACAAUCUCCAUCCGCCACGUCAAACGCCAUGUGACUGAGAUCAGGCUUCUCACUCGUAGUUCCAAAAAAUCGCCGCUGAAAUCGGGAGCUGAUCCGCUGCGUAACUCGAAGUGUCAUAGAAAGUUCCGGGGAGUUAGGCGACGGCCGUGGGGGAAAUGGGCUGCCGAAAUCAGAGACCCUUUCCGGCGGACUAGAGUUUGGCUUGGAACCUACGACACGCCGGAGGAAGCUGCCGUCGUGUACGACCAAGCCGCCGUCCGCCUUAAAGGCCCCAACGCUCUAACAAAUUUCGCCGAAGCUCCCAAUUCCAAAAGUACCGUUGCCACACAUUUCACUCCGCCGCCGCUGGCUGUGGCGCUGGCUGUGGCGAUUUCCGAUAGAGAAGAAUCUCGGAGUCUGUGCUCUCCGACUUCCGUUUUGAGAUUAGAAGAACAAAUUUGGAGACCCAUUGAGCAUGUAAGCGAAGAGUCAGCAUUAGAAAUGGAAUUAAAUUGGUUAUAUGAUCGGAAUUCCAACAGUUUGUUGUUCAAUUCAAGAAGCCCACAGCCCAUAAAUUCCGACGAAAUGGAAGAUUUCGGCGACAUUCCGAUGGAUUUCGAAUCAUGCAAAUGGGACGUAGAGAAUUAUUUUCAAGAUCCAACCUUUAGUAUUUCACUCACUCACUGACAGACUGACAAAUUCGCUAUCUUUUUUAUUUUAUUUUAUUUAUUUUGUUAUUAUUAAAAUUUAAAAUUUGGUUCCCUUUAAAUUUGUAU